AUGGGAGCACUGGCUCCGCAGCUGCUACUCCCAGGCUGCCUUUCCAGGCCGUGGUGCAGGCUUCUCUUCAUAGUCUUCUUGACUCAAGGCCUUCUGGUGAUGGCCGGGCUCGCUUUCCUUGCGGAAGUCCUGGAGGCGCAGGAGAAGCGAUUGCGGCUGGAGAAGGGUGUGGAAAAACCGGCGUCUGUUGAAGACUCUGCUUGGAUCGAUUCCUGCCUGGACAAGGCAAUUGCGCUAGCAGACGGCAAGGAGGGCCCGUGGCAUAACGAGGGCCGGGAAUUGACCACGAAUCUAUUCAACCGCAGCCGUAAGUGUGACAUUGGAGUGCAUGUUGCCAUGUCGACCUCAAAUCACCCACCAGCCGAGGCGCUCAGGUCGCCUCGUCUUCGGCAGUCUCCCCGCUUUGUCUCCUUGGAGGUCCACGCCUCGGAGGCAGAUGUCCAGGUGCCUUCUGAGGGGCCAGAGGGCUGCAGGCCUGCUUCUCGUCCGGAGUUGAUCGAUGUCACCGCUGGGGUGGCCACCCGCAUACCGUACAUUGCAGCAGCUCUGGCAGAUGAGUGGAGACAGAGCAAGACAGAUGUUCUUGGCGACCACAUUCCCAGAGUGCAGGUCUUCAUGCCCGCUGGCUGCCACAUCGGCAUCCUGGAAGCUCUUCUAGGCCGGCUGGCUGUGGAUUCUCAUUGUGAGGCCCGCCUGACGGCACUUUGGCACCCAUCCUCCUUGACAGAAUUACUGCAGCUUGCGCAGGUUGCGUCCAUGCUCCAGAUUGACGAGGUAAUGCCUGAACUGGUCGGCCUUGUUUCGGAGGCUAUGGCGAGCGGAGCCGAUGCAGCAGAGCUGGAGGCCGCAUGUGAGCGGCUGCAGCUGCCUCCAAGCAUACAGGAAGUCGCUGCGUCAGCAAGGCCGAUCUCCGAGCCCGCCGGCCUCCCUCACACGGAUCAAGUGCGGGGAAUGAUUUCCAGUGCGCUCCAUACAGCCGAUGGCAAGGUUUGGCGAGUGGUCCAAAAGGUCAUUGACCGGCGGGAGGCUUGGCCACGGCUCGCCAAGGAGAAUGCGGCCAUGCUGCUGGGAUUCGCACAAGGUGCUCAUGGGAGCAUACGAGCGACCCCUCACACUGGGUUCUUCUGGGGAAGUCGCGACUUCCUCUACUUGGUCUGCCGAUAUAUACGAGCCAGGCCCGAGAUCUUCGACGCGAUGGUAACGGCCAUGUUCGAAGAGGUGUACAGCAUGGACCCCGAAUUACCAGCUGAGGUGAUUGAUGCAGUCUUUAAGGAGCUGCUGGUCCACGAGGGCCUCACGUUUGCUCAAUGCGAGCACGUGAUUGACAAGCUGAUGCAACGAGGAGAGCAGAUCGAGUAUCUUUUCCACGAGUGGUCUGGCGUGUUUCCGGCACUGCCUCCGGCUGCGCGACAGGCGCUGGCCAAGGGCCUCUUGCCAUCGGUCGGUCGCUGUCCCCAUGCUGCAUUGGACUUUGUUCUGAAGGAGCUGGAUGCCUUACCGCAGCCCGAAGGCUGCGCCAGACACACCAAUGCUUGGUGGGGGUGGUAUGUGAGCUUUGGUUGCAUGCGCCGCCGGCAGCGCUGGAGAAAGCGCUGA